CAUAUUUAUGAAUAUUUGACAGCCUCGUUCUAUCAACUUGCGCAGUUACAUUAUUGCAGGAUUUUAACAAUGUUAAAGUGUGCAGUCGUGUUCAUUGUUUUAUUCAAUAUUCCAGAUACAAAUGGUCAAUGGAAAGGACCUAUCCACGAGAUUGAUGAUGGAGUUGUAGAAUGUGAAUUCGGUUCCUAUGGGCCUUGUAUUCUUCGGUUUCCUAUGCUUGGUGUUCCUUGUUUCCCUGGAUACAGCUGCAAGCUUCUACCUGGUAAAACAGUUGGCAAGUGCUGCAAAAGAGAUGCACAUGAGUGCCCAAUUGGUCAGGAUGGUGUCUGCGGAAUUGUCGGUGAUGUGGGAGUUUCCUGUAAACCUGGAACAAUUUGCAUUAAAUCAAAAUGCUGUAUAGAGACGUGUCCGAAUGGCCAGAACGGAACCUGCAAUAAGAUGAAAGGACCUGAAUGUGGAGACGGAUCAACAUGUAUAUUUGGAGACACGCCAGACGCCAUUGGAAAAUGCUGUAUUAAUCAAAGCGACUAAUGAUGUAUUUUCGUUUGGCCAGAUAAUACCUGCAUUGUCAUCCAGGAUGUUGAAAAGAAAAUUUACCGGACAAAAUUUGAAAUUUAUAACUCACUACAAAAUAUUGACUAAUUUGAAUAAAUAUUAACUAUUAUUUUA